UACCGGUUUUACGCAUCAGAGGAGCUUGAUAUCAGAAACGUUUUUCAUGGGGACAGCUUACAAAGCCGAUGUGGUUAAACUUCCCUCUACAGCUCAAAUCGCGAAAAUAUCCCAACAACUUGGACACGAUUUAGUGAACGCAGAAAUUCAGGAAUAUAGAGGUUAGUCAGGUUUUAGUUUUGUUUAUUCAUAAUUUAUUAAGUUCGGGUCAAAUGGCCUGUCUACCUUAUUCUCGAUAAUCUCAUCUGCUUUUUCAGUAAGCCAGUACUAAAAAUAUUUUAGUUCUGUUUUUAGUAAGGCUGCAGCUGUGCUUUAAAUUUUGAAGUUCGGAUUGCGUACUUUAAUUUAGCAAAAACACAGCAUCACGCAAUCGCUCCUUUUCCUGUUGGAGGCCGGAACGCGACAAUGUUCAGUCAUGCGGCGACUGGGUUAUCGUCAGCUGAAAUCUCAGCGAGUCAACCAAAGCCUCACAAAGCUUUUAUCUCAGUUCACGGAUUAGUGAAGGCAAUUUGCUAGGUUUCUGUGCUCGGCCAGCAGGCGUUUCGAUCUUGUCUUGGCCCUAUUGUUAACUUAAUCGCUGAUUACCAUUUUCAGAAUUAAAAUAUUUCCCCUGCUUUACGAUCUUCGUCAACAACACAACUUGCUCCUAGAUGUCCAUCAAUAAAACGGAGUGCAUGGCAACCGGCGCUCUAUGUAUUCCAUUUCCAAUUGGUUCUGAUUUCAAAGUUUGCGUAGCAGUGUCAAAAAAACAAUAGGUUUUAUUAGCAAAACAACAACUUUGCACGUGCACCACGCUUUUUUGUACAUUUCUUCUGCCCGUUUUUGCAUGACUACGAAGUAAACAUGUCUAAUUCCGCAUUUUAUGGAGGACGUAAACAAGCAACGACGAAAUUCUAUUUCUCUUUCUGUACUUGUGUGUGGUGCCUAGGAAUUCAACUCCAGGAGGGUUCGCCUACAUUUGACAAAGUAAGUGGGUAGGAAUAAUUGCGAUAAAGAAUGAAACAACGCAAAUUCACUUUUUAAGCGACGUUCUCAUUGCCGUCGUGUCGUUGGAUCUUAAAGUCCCUAAUAUAAUGGUCAAAGCAUUCUAGAAAUACCUGUCUCACAAACCCUCGCGAUAUGUGUGCGCCACUCAAGUUUUGAAAGCCUUUCCGUGCGCAGUUGGAAACUGCUUGAGGGUCCUUGAAGCGUCACGAUAUGUACAGUCAUUCAUUCAAUUAAUCAAUCAAUCAAUUAAAUCGUUUAUUCAGAUCAAAAAGCACACCACAAUCUUUCGACUGAAUUACUUAUUUAUUUACAAAUUAGGUCUGUCACUCAAUAUUGAGCACUUUUGACCGCAUUAAAACACCAUCAACAAAAACAAAAGGAAAACAAAAGUGACUGAAAUAACCGCAAAGUAAUAAAAGUGUUAAUAAAUGUUUGAAAUUGCAUUUUUAAAAGCAGCUAGUGAAUUGGACAAUGCCAUAUACCUUGGGAGUUUGUUCCUUUCUGUAAUUGUCCUUGGGUAGAAAGAAUACUCGUAGUAAUCCCUAAUGGCUGUUGGCUGUGUGUAAGAGUACAAUACUCUAUGGAGAGAGUUGAGUACGAAUGGCCAGCGGAUUGUAGUUUUGCAUCUUCAUGAGAGACUAGUCUGUAUCGUAUUUUAUACAGCAUGGUUUGGAUUGGCGUUAUAUGAUUCGCCUACUUUCUAGUGUCUUCCAUUUCAGAUUGAAAGCAUUUUGGUUACACUAUCUUUGCGGUCGAAGCGACAAAACAGUUCCUUAGUAUUUACAAAACUACAGUUCGUAUUUAUCUAUACCCAAUGAAAGGUGGAAAAAACUAUGACUAUUAUCAUUAGAUUUAAUCUAAAAAUUUCUUAGUUUUGUCUCCCUUUGUUCGGUCUUUUUUAUAGACAGGAAUACAUGUAUAAGAAACUCUCUUCGACUUCUAAGAGUGGACUUUGGCCAAAUCGGCCGUCCCACACCGUUAAAAAGAUCUAGAUAUAGCGAAUCGGGCAGAUAACGUCGGGAUGCCAACCAUUACCCUUUCUAAUGUUUCACUAUGGGUGCGUUGCUGAUGAUGAUGAUGAUCCUGAUCAGGAUCACUCGGAUCAUGGUAGGUCAAGUGAACCGAUGAAUCCUUGUCCAGAGUGGAUUCAUCGGUUCAUUUCAUCUCAAAGGAACGAAGCCAUUAUAUGUGCAAUUAGAAGAACCAGGUCGCAUAGAAGGCCACCAAGCAUACGCGCUCUAUUUGAUCAGAGAAAUAACUAGACAAACUGUGGUGGAAAAUCCAAUACUGCAACGAUCUAAUUAGUUGAAUGACCUAGUUAGCCACUGGGAGUUUAAAACUAUAAAAAUCUGUGCAAAUUUCAGGUCUUUCCAAUCAGUUAUUUAGAGAAAAUUAGCCAAAAAAGCUGCAGAGGCAAGCGAUUUUAACGAUUGGUAAAAAUUAUCAGCGUUGUGAAACACACUGACCCUCAUCUGUUUAGUGCCAUCUGUGCUGUUGUUUAAGUGAGUUCUAUUCCAGAAUGUUGGCAGGAGGAAGAUCACGUGACUGUCUUCCCUGCCCUGUUCCCUGCCUUCUGACUUCAUUCACCACUGAACCAGACUCGUACUUAGUCGCUCUUUAUUUUUGAGGGGGAUGAGAGAAGAUUGGUGUGAGGUUGAGGCACGCGGGAACUCACAGGAAGGAACGAAGGAAAAAUAGCCUCGUUAUUUUUUCUUCGUCCCUUCCCAUGAGUCCCCGCGCGCCUCAACCCAACCCCAAUCUUCUCUCAUCCCAAAAACGGAUAAAUAGGGACUGGGUACCAAUCUGCCACUGAACACCCACCUCCACACCCAGAAAACAGUGUAACUGAAUGGUGCCAGCAGACGUCUCUUUCCUCUGGUACUGGUAUUGGUAUUCUCUUUUCCUCUCGCCCACCGAAUGCAGGCGCUCAUGCUUACAACAGGAACACGAUGCCUCCAAGAACGAAACUGUCCAUGUAUCUAAAGCAGCAAUUGUGUUUAAUCCAACAGAUGCCAUUGCUCAGUCCUUACAGGCAACUUAUCAGCGGCUAUCAGAAAUCCCUGACCCCAAGUUACCAGUAAAAUAUCCCCGUACACCAGGAUAUCGACCCGUUGGCGAGGAUAACCCUUUGAACGCCUGGUAAGUUUAUUACUGUCCUUUUUAUGCCGUCGUAAUAAUUUAAGGUGGCUCCAUAGGGUUUUUCAGGGACAAUACCUCCCAAGUUUGAGCAUAAGCCUGAUAAGCUACGUCGCCAUGAACAAAAAUUUGGAAAAAUUACCACCACAGCUGCAUUGGAUAAAGAUGAAAAUUUGAUAUGAUCAGGGUUACGAUGAUAUUGGAGUUGUCAUAGCAAUGAAAUGGCGCCAUUUCCAACUUUACUUGCCACUGGGAACUGAUCUUUCAAAAUCAUUCACGGCAGCUUUAUCUAGCUAGUAUUGUUCAUUGUAAUAGUAACUAAAUUUCCUCACGGAGCAUAACGUGUCCGCGCGUUCCAGAUCGAAUUGGAAUUUGGAAAUGUUAAUUUGUUUUUUAUAAAGAGACGGGGAAACCGGAGUACCCGUAGAAAACCCUCUUGGAGCAAGGGAAAGAACCAACAACAAGCUCAAUCCACAUAUGGCGUCGACGCCGGGAUUUGAACCUGGUCAACAUUGGUGGGAGGCGAGUGCUCUAACACCUUUGCUGCCGCUUUGUUUCAAACUUUAAUCCUGACGCUAAGGAAAAAUUUAAUUUGACACAUAAAUUCAGCACUGAAUCACUGGCCUUGUUUUUCUUUGCCAGCUAUUACUGGCUACGAUCGAUAACCUUGGUAUCGCUAGGUAUUACUUGAUGUUUUUUAAUUAGGAAGUGUUAUAAUUUACAGUUUUAGCAACCUUUGACAUUGAUUAGUAAUGUGUCCUGGACACCUUUCAGGAAACUCGUUCUUUAGUUAAACUAUACUGACUUUGUCUGAUCGUAGUCUCUUAAUAUUAAAUUUCGCUCUAUAGGUACUGGCGCUGCAACAUUACAGGCGCACCAAACGGGAAACUCCUAGGCAAGACGAUUGCCAUCAAAGACAACAUUUGUGUUGCUGGUGUUCCGAUGAUGUGUGGCUCCCGUAUUCUGGAAGGUUACAUCCCGGAUGUUGAUGCGAUUGUGGUGUCCCGGAUAUUGGACGCUGGUGGUUGUAUACUAGGAAAAGCUGUUUGUGAGAGUUUAUGUAGCAGUGGAGGUAGCUUCACUUCUGCUACUGGUCCUGUUCUGCACCCUGGUGAUCCGACGAGAAUGACGGGAGGAUCUUCAUCGGGAUGUGCAGCUUUGGUAAGAAGUUGUUUUGUAAAGUUCUGUCGGUACAUAUCAUCCAGUAGCAGUGGCAGUAGUCAUCCAUCAGUUUUGGAUGACUAUGGAUUUUCACUCUGGUCAAGGUGGUCUUGUGGUCUACAGCCUCGUCUGUAGUUGUACAGUCGAAUGCGGGAGUGGCAGUUUCUUCCGCAGUGUGUGUAAAAGUAGUUGGUGGAAUCUCUUUAGGGUUUAACAUCUCAGCCAUGCAUCCUUGUUCUUAUGAACGGUUUUAGGUGGCGGGAGGUCACGUGGACAUGGCUCUUGGAACAGAUCAAGGUGGGUCUAUACGAAAUCCAUGCGGACGCUGUGGCAUUGUGGGCUUAAAACCCACUUUUGGUCUCGUACCGUACACGGGAAUCAUUCCAAUGGAGUUCAGUCUUGAUCACGUGGGUCCCAUGGCAAAGAACGUGCACGAUCUAUCCUUGUUAUUAGAGGUUUGUCCCUUGACUUAUUAUAAGAAAAACCAUCCUGUAAUAGCUAUUAGUUUAUUUUGAGAUUACUUUUUUGAAAAAAAAAAACGUCAUUAGGGCCUUCCCCCAAUUGAUGCAGGUUACGUGAUUUUGUGUUUAAUUCACUUCUUACAUGUUUCACUUGAUCGUUUCUAGUAGGUAGGUAGUUGUGAUUGAAUUCAGAUUUGGUAGCGAGUGUCGAUGAAUUUAUUAGACUUGCAUUACUUUCAAAACAAGGACAACUCCAGUUGCUUCAUAUGCCGGCAAUCCUCACUUACAGACAAACGUUUUGCUCAGGACUGAAAUGGUAAAUGUUAGCUCAAUUAGAACUUAACGAUUCUAUUUUAGGUUUGGGACAAAACUUUCAGAUGCUUAGUUUUGAUUUAGAUCACUCCCAUUAUCUCAAUGUUUCACCCUUGAACUUUUACCCUCAGUAUUAUGAAGAUGUUCAGUUCUUUCUAUCUUCGGUUUUUGGUGGCACCAUUUGUAUGUAGAGCCGUUUUUAAUUUCAAGUAGGUGUCGUAAGUGCUUUCGUUUGAAUUGCUGAUCUUUUUCAUUUUUCAAUAAUGAUGCCUCUCGUUAGCUUUUUAACCAGCUGGAAACCAAAACCGAUCGUGACUUGCUCUUUCUUGUUUUAUCGCCCUUGGCGUUGUAUCUAUAUUGUCUUAAUACAUACUUUUCUUCUUUACUUUUUAAUUCCGUGCUUAUUGUGAUUUUCAAAGUAUUUACUUUUGACUUUUACGAGAAUUUAUUGCAAGCGUUAUAUGGUUAUGCACCUCAUUUCCAUAUAUAGAAAGAAAUUCUGUUUUGCUCGUCUGUGUACAUUAUUUUAAAACCAGUUUAAUUUUUUCCGAGUGUUUCACUUCCUUUUCUAUUCUUUGAAAGGUGAUUGCCGGUCCCGAUGAUGGUCUUGAUUACCGCCAGCCACACAGUAUGCAGUCUCCUGAAUCUUACACCAGUAAGGUAAUACAGAAAAUCAUUGUUUUGUUGGAAAACACAUACGAUUUUUUAUGUAGGGGCGUGCCAUGAUGACGUCUCUCGAUGGGAAUCAGAAGACUUGGUCACUCCUGUUCGUCUUUAGUGUCUUUGUCCUUGCAUCGAAUACCCCAAGAUGAAUUCAACUCUCUAGUUUCUUGUUGUGACGAUGGUGGACCGCCCAAAUUUAAACCUAUACGGUAGGGAUGUGAAAACGUCAAAGUUGUACAGCUUGUAAAGCCUGCCAAUACAGCCUUCAGUCUCUCCUGAUUCCUCGCGAACAGGGAUGCCUAGCAGGAAGUACCAGGAAAGACGGCUGUAUUCGCAGGCUGCAGCUUGUAGGGCAAGAAAACGUUGUUGUGGUUGAGUAUCCGUUGCGAAUUCUUUCAAGUGUCUGGCAUUAUUGAUAUUCGCUGAGAUCUCUUUAAUUGUCAAGCUGGCCAUCUUUUUAGAUAAUUCUUACUGCUGCUUGAAACUGUCAACACUUUUGAGCUUUGUUAUUAAGCCUGGAUCAUUGGCCGAGAUGUGCUGUUGGUUGUUACUCCCUGGGAUAAGAACUAGUACAAGUCCGUACGAAUAUAAUUGCAUUGAAUGAAUUUGUUUCGCAUGGCCUUCGUUUCAUCAGAUCUUUAUUCCAUCAAGGUGUUAAGAUGAUGAGCUAAUUAUCAGUUAUAAUAUUAAAAGUGUGGCGUGGCGUUGCGGGUCAUGAUCAAAGGUAACAUCAAGCGAUGCGAUUGCAGUCGUCCUUCUUAAAGUCUUUAGACUUCUUAUAACCUGGGAUGUAGUUACCUUGCCUUGGUUCGACUCUUGAAAGGUCGGAUCAGUUGCCAUCAUAUGAUCGUUCGUGCAACAGCCUGAUAAUUCGGAUGAAUAAUAUGAUAUCACCUGUAGACAUUACAUGGCAUCUUCUCCUACUCUUAUGUGCACUGCAGAAUGAGGCCCAAAACAUGACUUCUCUGCUGGACACUAUAUUAUUUUCAGGAGGUUCCUUCUGAUCUCAUCUGGUUUAAUUCUGUCGUAGUUUGUGUGGUCUUCUCAAGCAAUGCAGUAUAAACAAUAUAAGGUUGAUUCAACAGAGCUGAAUUGUACUGGUCAAAUUUCCUCAACACCUCCAGGUCUUGAAACUUCGUAUGCAUGUAAAGGUUAUGGCCGGCCAUUUCGUGUAUGUCAAUCUAACACUGAAUGUGGUAAAUUAUUUGGUCAUUCUUGUCGAACCAGUCAGAAAACGAAUGUUUGAAUUGCCAAAGAGUCGAUCUACCUGAGCUGGUACAACCUCACAAUACUGUUUCUCUGCUAUGUCACUGCGUUCCGCCGCAGAGAAAACGUUUAAGUUCUAAUCAGCAGAAAGGCAACAACACGUUGAAAUAGGAAGGACACGAUCAGUUGUGUUUAUUGGGGACGAGAAAAAGCUAACGUACAAGAAAUAAAGUAGUGGCGGAGAAAAACGAAUUACAUCACUGUAAACUACGAGACUAAACGUAAACAGCAUACUAGAAAAAUUAAGCUCGGCAAGGUGCGAGCGGUAAAACUGGCUGUGUCGAGUGACUAACGCGAGAGGCGACAAGGCUUAAAUGCCGAGAUGUGACGUAAAAUCCCUAGAGGAUCAAACUGCGGCCAUAAAUGCAAAUUCCGAACAUAAACACAUUUAUCAGUCGUCGGUAAACUUGUUUGCCCUUAAAGAAUCUCGUCAAGUCUUUCCUGUAACGUCUUCUUAGAGUAGCCUUGACUCGCCUUUGCCGUUCUGAGGGCUUCUAUAACAUAACGGCCUCGGCGAGUGAUAUGCGGCUAGAAACUUUUCUCGGCCAGGUUGUCACUUUUCCGGUGAAUCGUUUGCACUACGUGUGGACGUUUUUAAUGUCUGUUAUUUGUUUGUUGCUAAAUCACUUUCUUUCCAGGCUAAACUGGCUCAAACAUUGACAGAUAAGGAAAGGAUUAUUCUCUCGAAGCCCUAAAGCAUACAUGCGCAUCCCCACGCUGGUUGAAUAACGGACUCACACACGUAUUAAGAAUCUUUUUCUUACAGUUAACAGGUGACAUCUCCCAUCUUCGCCUCGGUCUCCUUAAGGAAGGUUUCUCUCGUCCUCAGUCCGAGCCUGAUGUUGACGAAUUGGUUAAAAAAGGAGCUGAAGGGUUAGCUAAAAAGACGGGCGCUUCUUUACAAGACAUCUCUGUACCAAUGCAUUUGGAUGGUAAGUUUUGUUUCCCCUCUUUUUGAAAAACUAAUACUGGCAGUAACUACGACUUUAGGGUUUUAUCGUUCGUUACUGCGGAAUAGCGUAAAGGAUUCCAUUAGGCAUACCUCGUCCUUAUCAAAGUUUUAAAAUACGGUUUAGUUUUUGUGGUUAGGAGUUUUAAUUGUUUAUUAGGAAUUUCUAGUUGUUUUGUUCACAAUCCUCAAACAUUUAAUAGUUACAUUCUUAUUAUCACGCAAGUUGUUGUAAAUAGUGCUAGUUACUGUUUAAACAUAUGCUUGAAAGCGGCGUUCGAACACUCGUCUUGUAUACUAAUUGUUGUUUUGUAGUAGUAAACAAAAUACAAGCGUGUUGUAUCAUGUUCUAUUUGGUUUAUUUUUUUCUAAUCGUUUUUUGAACGGCGUGCCUGUAAGCUAGCUGUUAAUCUAAGUGCAUUUCAACUGUAAAGAAACCUUUCAACCUUUUAGAUGAUCCAAGGAAUAAAAAUUCAGCUGACGACAAAACGCUACGUAAUGAAAAAGUGAGAGAAUGGAGUAGGAGCUUUAGGUGAAUCGGAAAGAAAAUAAUGCUGGGACUAAGCCAAAUUUAACUUUACGGGUGGUCAAAACGCUUGCUUAUCGAAAGUUAGGAGUCGAAAGCAGACGCAAAAAUGAUUUAUAAAGGUUUAGUUGAGCUAAAACUAAGGUCCUUUAAACCUUACCUGCCUGAGGACUUAGAUCUUUGUCGAGGUUUACUGAUUUUGGUCGAAAUAAUGAUUUCUUUUCGUUUUUUAUCAAAUCGGCUCAUCUCUCUGCUUAUACGUCACUGAUGGUGUGAUGAAAUAAGCUCCACUUAAAGUCUGGUUACUGGCAUGUUUUGGUCAGUCUAGAAAAUGACGAGAAAACCACAUGCAAAGCAGUAUGGGGUGAUGCCAUUUGGACUCUGUUAUGCGCCUGCGACCUUUGAGCAACUGAUGAGCAGUACGGUCACCAGUUUACCAUGCUGUACGCUCGGCGUCGAGGCCGAACAUUUUUCAACAGGAUACGUCAAAUUGAUAUUUAAUCCUCAUUUUAAUUCGAACGCCAAGUCAGUUUCAAUUGCCAGGAAGAGCGUGAACCUGGCCGGCGUAAAGGUGUUAAAAGAAAGCCCAUGUUGACGAAAAAUCUUUCAUGUAGGCUCGCAACAAAAAUUUCGUCUGUAAGCGUUGACAACAAGUUGAGCCUGUAGCUAUACAUGCACAGUUGGCGCCUCUCCGAUCGCUAAGACUAGAUGUACUACAAUGUAUUAUUUGUGCAAUAGAGCUCAUUCGAGCAGGAGGUUACACUUGUUGCUUAGUGUCUAAGUGCACAAAACACAGACGUUUUUGGACAAGCUCCUCCACCUACGAGUCUGUGGGGCUGUAAUUUUCCGGGAAAAAACGGCAUGUAGCACUAUACUUAUUAACGCCAGACAAACACACUAUUGUGUUUGUUAUUCGUUUGCACUGAAGGGUUGUGUUAGUGAACUGACAUCAGCACCUUAGGAGGAAAGUAUAAAGCAUAAAUGACGCUUAUGCAUCGAUUUAGCCACUGUAAUGCCCCACAACAGUGGUCAAUGAAUGAUGGACGCUCACAAGUAAGAGGGAACAACUAACGAUGUUUAUGAUAAAGGUGUUAGAAUGGUUGACAAUGAUACAACAGAUACUCGCCAGUAAGAGAGACAUCGGAACUAAUUGCCAUUGAAGGCGAUGAAAGAUUCCAUUAAAUUCCUCUAGAAUAAUUUUUAAGGUUUUUUUUGAAAAUCGCCUUCCUUCUUGUUUCUUUUUCUUAGCUGUUGUGAUAUAUGACGCUAUUUCAGAUGGAGGAGUCUGGACUAACAGGUUUUUGGAAACAACUGGUGAGACGCAGAUCACUUUAGUGAACGAUUUUAGUUAUGAUAAGGCUUCAUUGUUUGCCUUAACUAUAGUUUCCUUUUGGCAAUCGAGAUCAUCAAAAAGUAACUAUGGUUGAAUCAGGCCAGGAUCUCUGAGAUAAAUCAUGUUUGAUAUAUGAAACCUUAUAAGAAUGAACGAUUUCGCGAGCUUUUUUCUGUUUUCAUGUGCAUUUGUUUUGCUGAGGUAUGCGCAAAUAUGCAAUAAAUUACCUUUUUUCUAUAACAAUGCGUCCACACUCCAUGAAACAGCUGUGUAUGGUGACUGAAUUAAAGAGAGAUGAUAAUUGAUUGAUAAAUAAAAAGAAAGAGCGUGGGCGAAAACUAAAAAAAACGCCUUGGCUCUCACAGGAUUAAUCAUGGCAUCCUUAGCACCAGAUGGGCGCUCUAUCCAAUGGCAUGGAUCGAGCUAAGGAGAGACCCUUGUAUACCAUGGCCAUUGUGUCAGUGUGUAUAUAGUAUCUGUAGUAUCCUAGGAAUGGGUUGCACACAACAUCGUCAGGCACUGUGCGGUUACGAUUUCCUCGAUCGCAAACUAACACAUAUCAACUAUAAUCGAGCGAUGUUGGUUUUUUCUUUUCAAGGCUAUCAAGUGACUAGUGCACAACAAAUGCUUGCUCAAGGAUUAAAGAACCGCGCAAAAGACCUCAGUGUUGAUUUGAAAGUUGCAGCUGUCAAAGGAAAAUAUUUGCAAGAUAACUAUCAAGAUUUGUUUUAUACCAAGGCACGUAAUUUGGUGUGGAAAUUGCGACGAGCAUUCGACGAAGCGUUGACUAAAGUUGACGUGUUGAUAAUGCCUACAACUCCAAUGAAAGCUAGGCGCAUACCACAUAUCAAUGUAACAUUAAAAGGUAACUUGAAGCAAACAGUCUAAGGGUGCAUACGUUCGUUUGACCAUAUCCCGCAAUAAGAAUAAAUGGAAUAAACUCUAGAUCACUAGUCCUGUCCAGGUAUUAAUCAAAGCCUCUGCAAAUGUGGUUGAAAUACAAUAUUGAGAUAUAAGUGAAGAAUGAUCAUCGCAGUAAAUUUUCCAAUUUAAGCAAUUGGAAAGAAGAAGCCUGAAAAAAUCAGGCCUUCAACGGGAUUCGAAGCCGUGACUUCCGCGUUACCGGUGCGUUGCUCUACCAACUGAGCUAUGAAGCCACACAUUGGGAGCGAGGUCAAUUUAUUGAGUUCCUAUCUCCCGUGAGGAGUGAAAUGAUGUUAAAUAUAUAUGAAAUAAUUCAUUUUGGAAAUGCGGUUGUAGAUGAAAGUGAAGAAUGAUCAUCGCAGUAAAUUUUCCACUUUAAGCAACCGCAGUUCAAAAAUGAAUUAUUUCAUAUAUACUUCACAAUAUUGAGAUAGCUGCUGCAUUCCAGUGGUCCAAAAAUUCUGGUAAAGCGAUUUAUUUUUCUUCUGCAAAACAGUGAAUCGAAUGCACCCUGCUGCUAUAUCUCCCUUCGUGUAUUUCACAUCCCAUUCCCUUUUUCUCUUUAAGACAGCUGCCGCGCAGGUUAUCUUUGGGCCUGUUUACAUGGAGUGAGUUAACAUGCGGCGGGUCACCCCACGUAUCAUGUAAACGUGAUCAAAAUAAAAUGAGAGAUUAUACGGACACGCACGUUACCCCAACUAAGCGGCUUAUUUCACCUAACUGGGGUCCCCCAGCUCUAUGUAAACAGACCUUGAGAGAGGAACCAUUGGAUUUCUGAAGCCACUGGGAUAAGAUCACUAUUCGAUUUUGUCUGAUAAGCAGAGUUCCAUGUUCCUUCUUCAUGGCUGGUAAUAAUGACGUACGAGAUUCUCACCCCUCCUCCCCACCCUUCUUACCACUAUCUACCCCUUAUUUAAAUCCCACACAAACUCUGUAGUUUUUGCCUCCGCAAGCGGACAAUUCCCGUAUAGGCAGCCACGGACACUUUCAGUGUUUGCGAGUUAGAUUUUAGCUUUGUUUUCAGAUUCUUGUAUCUUAAUAAAUCAAUCUUAUAUCGUCAGAACAGUGCUACUAAACACUUUCAAACAUUUUUUCCUAUUUUCCUAUGUUGUUUUUGUGGUUGGACGUGCUCCCGAAGCGGUCAUUUAACCCUUACAUCUGUAGUGGUCACUUGCGAGAACCAUUCUCGUAGGCGGGCAUACAUCAUGCGCACUUCAGUAGCAAACCUUUUUCGCGUCCCUAGGGUGUCCGCUACUCUGCGUCCAAGAGCUUGCACUGUGCUAUAAUAAGUGCUGUGGAACAAGUGAAUUAGAACGCCAUAAAGCUAAAAUGAGUAAGAACAUAAAUAAAUAAAAUCAUGUUAAGGUAUAAACUCAUUGGUUUUAUUUAUUUAUUUAUUUAUUUAUUUAUUCAGAGUCAUCGGACAUGCACCUUUAGUGCACGUUAACAGAGACAAUUCCCGAAGACAGUGAUCUAGAGUUCUUCUGGAUGACUUUAAUUCGCCUUUCUCAGAUUCCUGGUUUACCGACCACUUCUAACUAAAAACAGUCUCUUGACUACGUGUACUAUCUCAGUUGUUCAGUGAAAUGAAUAUUUCUGUGACACUUUUAAUCACCAGCAAAGAGAUUAAUUAUGGUGCACGUUCUUUUUAAUUCCUUUACAGAAUACCUUACAUCGUGCGGUGAAAACAUAAUGAACAACUGUGCAUUUAACAUGACUGGUCAUCCAGCCUUGUCCAUCAAUGCAGGCUUUAGUCAAGGAUUACCAGUUGGAAUGCUGAUGGUUGGGAGGAAGUUUGAAGAAGCGACUCUUCUUAAUGUCGCUUACGCAUUUGAAAAGAUCCGAGAUUCUAUGUAGCAGUAUAGUAAUGUAUUGUGAAACUGUUUUUUCAGACACCAAGAGCUGUCUAGUUCUUCAGUUUCCCUCUCAUAUCGUUUUAUACAUGGAAAGUCUCAGCGUUUCUAAAAGAAACGUUCAAAAACCUUUCUUAUUCAUAGAUAUAAUUUUUUAUUUUGUUAUGCAAAUGUAAAUAGUUUCAUUUUUUGAUUCAUUAUUCCAUCAUCAAAAUGUCAUAGUGUCCGUAAUUAUUAUUUUCAUUUUUAUGUAUGGUGAAAGAGCCUUCAAGGGGAACGUAUACCUGACAAUAAAGUAUGCAUGCAUGUAUAUAGCCGGUAUGCAUGUACGUAUGUUAAGUAUAGCCUUCGUGACAGG